AUAACAAAUACUGUACGGGCGAAGUUUAGAGUGAGUAAAUUUAAUUGCAUGCCAAUACUUUGUAUCAAUGCAUACAAUAAAUGUAAUUUAAAUAUAUUAAAUAAAUGAGGAUUGGAUAGACUUGUAUAAUGUAUAAUCUGACAGAGUUGAAAAUGUUAAUAUACUAAAAAGUGUCACCGGAAUCCCAUCGAAUGGUUUUCCCGAAAACCGAAAACAAAGUACUACAGUUUUAUAAAACCUCACUAUAACGUUGAAUUCAUUCCAAUAUGGCGAAGCGCAAUGACAUCGAUACAGAAUCCGAAAUAAUUAAUUCACUCUUACUAGCAGCGAAAGGAGGAGAAUUUAAGAUCGUUUGGACCAUUAUAGGAACAGAAUCACAUCCCCGGAAAACAUAUUUGAUAAAUGUUAUACCAGAAAACCGACGUUGGGGAAUAAUACACCAGGCUGUUUAUUGGGAAGGAAAAGGAAAAGAAGUGUUACGAACUCUUUUAGCGAUACCUGGUUGUGACAUAAAUUCCCGAACUAAAGCGUGCACGUCCGAGUGCGGGGAUACUAGCAGACAAACUCCCGCUCAGGUGGCAGACGCGUAUCGUUAUACAAAUGUACGGGCAAUAUUAGAUUCUGCAACAAUGCCUAAAGAUUCUCUGGUUCACACGCUCCAGCCAUAUGAAAACUAUAAUGAGCAAGCAGCGUUAGGUCUUCUGACAGUUACUUUGGCAGCGUACAAGAAAACGUUCCAUCCGAGUCCUAUCGACCCGAACAAAGACAUUGUCACGGUCCUGGCAGAUAUUUGGAGAGAUUUGCUAAGUUCAGACGUGCGAUGGAAAGCGAUCAGAGACGCUGUUGCAGACGCUGUUUAUAUUAUAAAUGAAGAAAACAGCAAUAACAUUAAGAAGAGUGAAAACACAGAGCAGCUCUUUCUGUCAAUCAUACAGACGUAUACGUUAGAGGAGAAUUACAUGUAUACUUACUUGAACAUGGCGUUCAGACGACAGUCGCAGACGAAUUACUCGCCGACAGGAGAUGACCUGGCCUUGGGGCCAUACGCUGUCGUUUAUCAGAUGCUUCUUCUAUUUUGGCCAAUGGUUCCUAAGGAAAAUCGAACAACUUAUAGGAAAAUGAUGCUUUUAAAAGAGGACUGCGACAAAUACACAAUAGGAACCAAGUUUGUCUGGCAGAGUGUUGUUUCUUCGUCCACAGUGCUGGCGAAAGCAGUUCCCUUUCCAACAUGCAGUGGCGUCAAAGGCGAAUAUUCAAUUCUCUUCACAAUUGAUAACAGCACAAGCAGCUCGUGGCAACCAAGAAACAUAGAAAAUUAUGCGAGUUAUAUGGAGCAUGAACGCACAUACCCAGCUGGUGCCAGGUUUGUGGUAACCGGAAGAUCAAAGAAAGGUGGCGACAUUCACGUAAAUCUUCGUCUGCUUCAAAAAUAAUAAUCAAGACAUACACAAUAAUUGUAACAAUUCAGGACAAUCGGAUUAAAAACACAGUGCGUUCAGAAGCAAAACAGUCGUCGGUAACAGACUAACAUAUUAUAGUAUGUGGUUUCAUGAUUAUGGUAUGAUUCAAUACUUCGCUUCACGCGAGUUAAGCUUUUGCACAUACUAGUAUCUAUUAGUUCCUCUAAAUUGUUUGUUUUGGGGUACAUAUGUAAAACAUUAAUCAGUGAACAAUCUUUUUUUAAAACAUAUAUCAUCACGAUCUUCGCGGACAUAUUGAUCCGUUCGCAUAUCAAAUACAUUAUUUUGGCUGUACGCCUGCAUGUGAAUAAGUCGGAUAUUUGACAGGAGCGCGUGCAAUCGACAAAGAACAUAUUCAAGAAAAAAAAUAAAGUGAUAUUAUGGGCAUAUAACAGUUUAUAGGUGUCUAUCGCAACCGUUGUUUAUUUUUUGGUGUUUUCACUUCAUAUACACUUAUAUUUGUUAAUGCAGCAUCUACAUACUAAAACAAUAUCCCGGAAAGAGAAAAAUAAUGCAUUUGAAUAUCAACCGUACUUUCGUUUGACAACUGAUCAUGCAUGUACGAUGUGAUACUUAUUUAGUUUUAGUGCAGAUUCGUUCAUACGACACAAAGACACAAUUUUAUUUUAAGGAUCAUUUCGGCUUACAGGACUGGGUGAGUCACGUAAGAAUAUCGAAUAUAAAAUAUAUUUAAUAAACAACAGGUAGCAAGAUGAGUUGCAGAUAAUUGGUCAGAAACCACAUUUUAACUAACUCUUUUGACCUGUUAAUUCUUUUCAGCUCAAUUCAACAGUGUAAAAUGCCCAUAAUAUCACUUUUACUAAACUAUCGUCCUUCCGAAUUGUAAUGUUGAUGACUGAAGUCUACUGAUUUUUAUAAUACCAUGACCGUCAUAUUUCCAAUAUGUUCUGCAAAACAUACCAAAAAGAACCUGUUGGUGUUAUCUCUAUUACAUGUUUAGGGUGCUGUGCUUGCGGAAUUGUGCGCAUACAUGGUCUGUAUGUGCGUUUACACACACUCAAAUGUGCUGUGUCGUUUUUUAACAUAUUUUCUAAAACGCGAUAAAUUACGUUAAAAGUGAUUUGUAUCAAAUGGUAUGCAAUAGUAAACACAUACAGUGCAUUUAGCGCUUUGAUUUCGCAUACCAGUGUUUGCAAUAUUAUAGGCACGAAAGUAUCAUUGUGUUUCGAUGUCUUCUUAAUACGCAACCAACAAAUUGUAUAACUUUUUACUCUAGAAAAAAGAUACGUCUUCAAACGAUGAAAAUAUUGUUUUGGUAUUCAAUUAGAACGUUUAUUUAAAAAAAAGAAAGAAAGUCAUCAUAUGCAUAACCAACAAAUAGCCUUCUUUAUUCAAACCCAUUGUGUGUUUUUUACUGUAUAUGUUUAUCUGACUUGGGCAUAUUUUAGGCACCUGCCAAAAAAUGACAAUGUGGUGCCGAUACAAGAUUGCCAUGAGCAUACGUAUUUAAAAACGUAAAAUUCAUUUGGUAGAUCCUUCUGUAAAUAAUUUGAAUUGUGUUUGUUUCUUUAUCUGACUGCAACACUUAAUUAACGUAUGUUACUUGUAGGUUGGUAUAAGCAUUUCAUAGUCAGGUUCAGAAAAUAAAACCAUACAAUUUAAUCAUAGAUCACUAUAUAAACAGGUUUGAGCAUGUUUGUGUUAUCUCGUAAAAUAAAUGUGUGUCAAAUGUU